CAGUGCAAGGACUGACAGGCCCCAUUCACUGCAGAGACACAUGUUGUUUAUAUCAGGACCAAAUACUUAUAUCGUUAUAUCAUCUGAGGAAGUUAAACUCAGACAGUCGCUGUCACUGAGAAGGGAAAUGGCACAGAAAGGAGUUCAGCUGGACCGGGAAACCUUCUCCAAGAAUCUCCAGGAGAACAUCUGCUCUCGUCAUGAUGAGGUGAUGAAGAUGUUCUGCCGUACUGAUCAGCAGUGUAUCUGUUAUCUCUGCUCUGUGGAUGAACAUAAAGGCCACGACACAGUCUCAGCUGCAGCAGAAAGGACUGAGAGGCAGAGAGAGCUCGAGGUGAGUCGACAAAACAUCCAGCAGAGAAUCCAGGACAGAGAGAAAGACGUGAAGGAGCUUCAAUGGGAGGUGGAGGCUAUCAAUCGCUCUGCUGAUAAAGCAGUGGAGGACAGUGAGAAGAUCUUCACUCAGCUGAUCCGUCUCAUGGAGAAAAGAAGCUCUGAUGUGAAGCAGCAGGUCAGAUCCCAGCAGGAAACUGAAGUGAGUAGAGUCAAAGAGCUUCAGGAGAAGCUGGAGCAGGAGAUCACUGAGCUGAAGAGGAAAGACGCUGAGAUGAAGAAGCUGUCACACACAGAGGACCACACCCAGUUUCUACACAACUACCCCUCACUGUCAGCACUCAGUGAAUCUACAUCCAGCAUCAAUAUCCGUCCUCUGAGGUACUUUGAGGAUGUGACAGCGGCUGUUUCAGAGCUCAGAGAUAAACUACAGGACGUUCUGAGGGACAAAUGGACAAACGUCUCACUGACAGUGACUGAAGUGGAUGUUUUACUGCCACAACCAGAGCCCAAGACCAGAGCUGGAUUCUUACAAUAUUCAUGUGAAAUCACACUGGAUCAUCACACAUCACACCAAUGUAUGUUAUUAUCUGAGGGGAAAAGAAAAGCCACAGCAAUGAAUCAAAUACAGUCUUAUUCUAGUCACCCGGAAAGAUUCCCUAUAUAUUGUCAAGUCCUAAGUAGAGAGCGUUUGCCUGGACGUUGUUACUGGGAGGUGGAGUGGAGCGGGGGAGGAAUCCGUGUAGCAGUUGCAUACAAGAAUAUCAGCAGAGAAGGGAACUUUAAUGAAUGUGGAUUUGGAUUAAAUGACAAAUCUUGGGCGUUAGAAUAUGACUAUAACAGUUAUAGCUUUUGGUGCAACAAUGUCCAAACUCCUGUCUCAGGUCCUCUGUCCUCCAGAGUUGGAGUGUAUCUGGAUCACAAUGCAGGUAUUCUGUCCUUCUACAGCAUCUCUGAAACCAUGACUCUCCUCCACAGAGUCCAGACCACAUUCACUCAGCCUCUCUAUGCUGGACUUUGUCUUUGUUAUCAUAAAGACACUGCUGAGAUCUGUAAACUCAAUUAGUCAUUUAAGGGACUGUGGAUUAAAUUCUGAGUUCAUGGGUGCUUCUCAGCUGAACAGGAGACAGUGGGUGUGGGUUAGGGCAGGGCCUUGCUGAGUGGACUACCACUGGCUCAGAUCUGGAGUUGGUCCCCAGGUGCCACACGGUGGAUGCCAACUUACUUUUCAGAAGUGUGAAAGCAGACAUUGUAGUUUCUAGAGUACAUGUUGUUUCUUUUUGCUGAAUACAAAUCUUUUCUGUAUUAUGAAUUAGGUGCACUAGUGUAUAGAAAAUUAUGCCGAAGUAGCAUCUAGGUACUAUGUGACUAGUACGAGCUGGAGCUUCCCCUGAAUUUCUUAAAUAAAGCUUCCCACAUUC